UUUUCCUGAAGAGCUGAUCACGAAGGAGAGGAGCAGUGGAUCACUCCAAGAGCCCCAAGCCAUCAAUGAAAGCUUCAUUAGCGUGAUUAAGUCACCUGUCCUCCUGAAGCGGGCGUUCAUCCUGGCUUUUCAGUGGCUGGUGGUGGCGAUGGUCUACUACGGCAUCGGCAUGGUGUCCACUGACCUGGGAGGUGACGUUUACACCAACUUCAUCCUCACGAUGCUGAUUGAAAUACCGUCGUACGUGUUCUGCGCACUCACCCUUAAUCCACUCGGUCGAAAACUGGUGAUAGGUGGUGCCUUCCUGCUAAGCGGACUGGGCGCCAUCUGCGCAGGACUCGUGCCGGCCAACGAACUGGAGUGGCUGACGACGACCUUGGCGCUGCUGGGCAAGUUCGGCGCGGCGUCAGCGUUCUCGCUCCUGUUCCUGUACACGGCGGAGCUGUGCCCAGCGGAAUGCGUGUGA